GCGGGGAACGGCUCCCGAGGGAGGCGCCCCGGGGCCGGUGAGGAAGCUCCGCCCGCUGACCCCGAAUCCCCGCGGUCGUUGGCGGAGGGGAAGCAUACCAACAAUCCAUGGCUUGUUGAACAAGCUAGCAUUGCAUGAGCCGAUAGUGGGAAGGCUAGUCGCGAGCAUAUCCUAGUCAUAAGCAGUGGCUUGUUAGGCAAACUGGGCUUGAGCAAAUCAUGACUCGGCACAGCUGCUCAGCUUUUAAGGCGGGUAAGCUGCAACUCCCAGAAUCCCCCAGGCCGUGGAUGGAUUGAUGGGCUGUGACUCCAAAUGCAUGAAGUGCAAGGAGGGCUCCCCGGUGGUGAUCAUUCGUGCUGGAGAUGCCUUCUGCAAGGACUGCUUCAAGGACUACUUUGUUCACAAGUUCCGUGCCAUGCUUGGGAAGAACCGCUGCAUUUACCCUGGAGAGAAGGUUCUCCUGGCUUUUUCGGGGGGUCUUGCCUCCAGCUCAAUGUUGCGGCAGGUGCAAGAGGGCCUAAACCGAGAAGCAGCCAAGAAACUUCGCUUCAGACCAGGAAUAAUCUAUAUUGACGAGGGAGCUGUGUGUGGACGGAGCUUGGAUGAGCGAGAGAAAACCUGCAGGCAGGUUGAGGCUAUCCUGCGAGCCACAGGAUUUCCCUAUCAUCUGGCAUUCUUGGAGGAGGCGUUUGACCUUCCCACUUCUGUCCUGAACUCGCUUUCCCACAGUCCUUCUGACCAGGCUCCCAGCUACAAGGAAGCAGUGGCUGAUUUCACAAGGUGGCAGCAGCAGCAGCAGCAGGGGAAGAGGGGGGAUGCAGAGACUUCCCUGGAGGCCCAGCUGGCAGAGUGUAGCACGCCAGGCUGCUCGUGGCAGGAACGGUUGGCAGUUCUGGAUGAUGCCGGCUCUUCUGCUUCCCACAUGGAAGAGCUGUCCCGCCUCUUUCGGGGUGUCAGAUCCUUAACUGCAAAAGAGGAGCUUCUGCAGACUCUCCGGACCCACCUGAUGCUGCACGUGGCUCGAAAAAAUGGAUACACGAAGGUGAUGGUGGGAGAUAGCUGCACCCGUGUGAGCACCAAGUUGUUGACCAACCUCUGUCUGGGACGUGGGGCCUUCCUGGCUAUGGACACGGGCUUCUUGGACAGCCGCUAUGGGGACGUCCUCAUCCUGCGCCCAAUGCGGGAAUAUCCUGCCAAAGAGAUCGCAUUCUACAACUACCUCUUUGGGGUGCCCACCGUCUUCACGCCUGGACUGGACACCAAAGCCUCGGACAGAGCCAGCAUUCACCUUCUGAUGGAGAGCUUUCUCUGCAAGCUGCAGUCGGAGUUCCCUUCUACCAUCAGCACAGUCUACCGGACAGGAGAGAAGCUGAGUGCAGUUCCUCAAGAGGUUGAGUCUGAUGUACUGGCGGUACCGGCCCACUGCCUUCUCUGCCUCUGCCCCCUGGACACCAAUGUUGAGGACGGAUCCUCCCUGCAGGCCACGCUGCUUUCAGAAAAGUUCAGCCGGAGGCCUCCAGAUGAGGAUGGAUGUUGCGGAGAGAGGACCCAGGCAGGUUGCUGCGGAACCCCCCCAGUAGGAAGUGAGACCUCCCAGCUUGUCCCGCUGCUCUGUUAUGGCUGCCGUCUAACAGUCAAGGAGCUGAGCUGUGUGGAGUCUCUACCCCCAUACAUUCAUGAGGAGGCCGAGCGCCAGCGAUGCAGGGCUGUGAUGAAACAAGAAAUCCAGGAAUUCUUGCUUGAAGAUGAUGGUUAAUCUGCAUCGUGCUUUACAGCAGGGGUCAACCUUGGCAACUUUAAGACUUGUGGACUUUAACUCCCAGAAUUCCUCAGCCGGCAAAGCUGGGAGUUGAAGUCCACAAAUCUUAGUUGCCAAGGUUGAGGACUCCUGCUUUGCAGCCUAAAGGAGUGUCGGGGUAAUGCUCUUAAAGGCCUGAUGCUCUGCUUCCGCAAGUGUUUUUCAAGCAAAGAAACACAUUUUGGAUCCAGCAACAGACAGACUGAGCCACGAAGGAUCUUUCACGUCUGGCCAGUUUGGCCUCCUAAGCUCUUUGGAUGCGCAAGUGAACUGAAUUUCUCUGUUUCUACACAGGAUUCAAAUCCUAGAAGGUAUAAAGGGAGCAGGCUCAGAGAAGUUUUAUAAGCAUCCCAAGGAAACCAGGUUCCUUCUUGGCGCUUGCCCCCAUCCAGACCUCCCAAGACCUCAUUUAAACUCUUGAAAACUGUUCUGGACAUUUCUGGAGAAAUUGAACCCUCAAAGCUUGGCUGCUGAACCAGAGAAAUUUCUCUCCUUCACUCCCCAAAGUCCAUCUUGACUUUUCACCACCUUUUGAAAAUCACAGCUUUGUUUUUAUUAUAUAGAUCUGUAUAAAUAAAAUGACCUCCUAUAGAAAAAA